UUAAACGGUGAAGUUGUGUGACGGUGUGAUUUUAUAUGAGCAUGUGUCUAUUAAAAAACUAAAAACAAAUUACAUAUUCAAAAAUAAAUUAAAGAAUUACGAAAAUAAAAACCAAUAAAUUGUUACAAAAUCACAAAAAAGAUAUAAGCAAUCUCUCUAGUAGUGUGUGCAAAAAGAAAAAUAUGAAAUAGAAAUUAUUCAGCAAAGAAAGAUAAAUGAGAGGAGCAUAAUAAAUAAAUAAAAAAAAUCUAAAAACAGGGUGUCGAAUAGACAUUUGCAGUUUUGUAUAUAAAGAAAUAGCAACAAAGUGAAUAAUACAUUCAAUGAUUUUACAAUUAAGAAUUUAAAGUGAUUGAGUAAAUUAUAUUAUUGACUACAGCUAGCCUGUGGGGCACAAAGUCCAACAAUUAUUUAAAUUUGUUUUAGUACAGGUCUCCAAUGAGCCAUCUUUUGGAGAAGCCAAAUAUUGCAAUGCCCAUUAAGACAACUGGUGGUCAAUUUUCCACAGCUGCCGCCGCCGUCACUGCAACCGCUAAUGCUAAUUUAAAUACAAACGCCAUCAAUACAACCGCAACAAAACUAAACAAUGAGUCUGCAAUAGCAUCCGAUCAUCAACAACAACAACAACACCAGCCAGAAAAUGAUAUUAAAAGUCCGGAAGCAAUAGCAAAUACUUAUCAAACGGUUAUAGUUAGUUUAACAGCAGGCGCUGUUGCGGGGGCACUAGCCAAAACCACCAUUGCUCCUCUGGAUCGUACAAAAAUUAAUUUCCAAAUCAACAAAAAUGUACGCUACACAUUAAAAGGUGCCAUAGAUUUCCUUAAACAAACCCAUGCCAAAGAGGGUACAUUGGCGUUAUGGCGUGGCAAUUCUGCCACCAUGGCCCGUAUAGUGCCUUAUGCUGCCAUACAAUUUACGGCCCACGAACAAUGGAGGAAAAUUUUACACGUGGAUAAAGAUGGUACAGACACCAAACUGAGACGAUUUUUAGCGGGCUCUUUGGCGGGCAUAACCUCACAAUCACUGACUUAUCCCUUGGAUUUAGCAAGAGCACGUAUGGCUGUUACAGAUAAAUAUACUGGUUAUAGAACUCUGCGCAGCGUUUUUGUUAAAAUUUGGGUUGAAGAGGGUCCUCACACCCUGUAUAGAGGUUAUUGGGCAACGGUGUUGGGUGUUAUACCUUAUGCGGGCACCUCCUUCUUUACAUAUGAAACAUUAAAACGUGAAUAUACGGAAAUGACUGGCAAUGCUAAACCAAAUACUCUAGUCACUUUGGCAUUUGGCGCUGUAGCUGGUGCUGUAGGACAAACAUCUAGCUAUCCAUUAGACAUUGUGCGAAGACGUAUGCAAACAAUGGGUGUAACCCAAGAUGGACACAACAAAUAUCCCACCAUUUAUACCACAUUAAAAACUAUAUAUAAGGAGGAAGGCAUCAAGAACGGUUUUUAUAAAGGUUUAAGUAUGAACUGGAUUAAAGGCCCCAUUGCUGUUGGCAUUAGUUUCUCUGCUUACGAUUUGAUUAAAGAAUUACUGCGUGAAUUAUUUCAUUUGAAACGUGGCCGAAGCUUGACACCAGUUUCCAAUUAGGUUUUAUAUUAUGUUUGUUCUACUAUUACAACCCCUCAAUGUCAAUACUUUGUUGUUAUUUAAUUGUAUAAUUUAACCACAAGCAAAAUAUUUAAGUUUUCUUAGUUUCUUUAAUAAUAAUUUUGUCUUUGUAGAAAAAAAAAACAAAUUGUAAAUUUGUUUUUAGUUAAGCUUUAACCAAAAAACAAAAGUUUAUAAGAAAUAGUUGUUAUUUUGAAAGUCUUGAAAGAAACGAGUGUUUAAUUUUUAUUCUUAGAAUAUUUUUUAAAUUUAUAAUACAAAAUUUAAGCUGUACAAAUUGAUUUAAAUAGGUUUUGUUAAAUCUUUAGAUUCUUCCCUAGCUUAAACCAACCUAAAUAUACAUAAAAUUUUUUAAAUUAAAAUGUUGUUUCAAACUGUAUUUUGUUCCUGUUUUAUUACUUUUUUUGUAUACGCCUAUUUUUUUUUUAUUUAAACUAAAUACGCACAAUAUAAGACAAUAAUAAAUAAUUUACAUAAAAAUACAAGAUUUUGAAACAAUUGAGAAAUCAUUUUCAUAAUAAUUACUAUACACAUACAUAUAAUACAAUAACAAAUAGGCAAUUUUUCAUGUAAAACUCAUGAAUUUAUAUAAUAGAUUCAAUGAUUAUACUUACAUACAUAUAAAAAUCAAUGGCUUGGAAAUUUAAAUUUAAAAGUCGUGCUACUAUUAUACAAUACAUACAAAUUUCGUCUAUUAUAUAAUUGUGAUUGAUUAAGGAUUUUUUGUAUAAAUUAAUUUAUAACAAAAACAAGAGUGUGUAUUUAUUGUAGAAGAAGAAAUUAAAACUAAAAAAACAAAUUAUUAUAAAGUUUAAAUUGUAUAUACUAAAUAAAAGAAAAUUGUUACGAAAUUAA